AUGGUCCUUAGUCCGGUGAAGGGGCACUUUUUUCCGAGCAGGACGUUCACAUCAAAGACCACCGAUUUGAAAGCGCUAAAUGAGAACGAGCCGAAAACGCGAGUUAUCACAGUAAAACCGACAAACCCAGCCAAGACAAGACAAGCGUCGGUAACGAGCAAGAGAAGCAAUAAAUUCUUUGUGUUCAACUCGGAAAGCUUCAAGUGUGAAUUUUUAGGGAAUGCAAACUAA